AUGGAGAACCCAGCAGAUAUCUUAAACGCCCAACAAAACUCAAUUAUCGACGAAAGAGUUAUUCAGCUGUCCCAUAUCCAAGAUGAUUACAUUACUCAGCAUCCAGAACUUCAGCAGAUCCUUAACGAUUUUAUUACUGAAUUGCUGAAUCAUAAGCCUCAAGACAUAACCACUUUUGCUCGUGAAUAUUUUUCUAAAUCUAGCCCAACCCCAUCGCUCAACCCUCUAGCUUUAAUUGGGCCUUCAGGUGUAGGAAAAUCUACUUUAAUUAAAGCAUUGAUGAACCAAUUCCCAGGGGUUUUCGAAUUCUCUAUCUCAUCCACAACAAGAAAGCCUAGAGGUGCUGAACAAAAUGGAGUUGAAUAUUAUACUAUAUCAAUUAAAAAUUAAUAUAAAAUUUACAUAAAAAAUUACGCCUCAAUUUAGACAUAUGAGAGUAUUUUAUUACAAAAGAAGAAUUUAAGUCAAAAAUUGAAGCUGGAGACUUCAUUGAGUGGGCAGAAGUCCACGAGAAUUAUUAUGGGACUUCAAAAGCUGCAGUUGAAGAUAUCAAGUCAAGAGGAAAAAUCUGCAUCUUGGAUAUUGAUGUACAAGGCGCUAUAAAAAUUUAUGAUGCAAAUAUUGAGUUUAAUAGGGUUUUUGUUAUGCCAAAAACCAUUAAAGAUUUAGAAGAUAGGCUGAGAGGAAGAGGAACUGAUAAUGAUGACACUUUAAGAAUCAGGCUUAGAAAUGCAGAAUUAGAAAUUAAUACAGCAAGGUCAAAUCCAAGUGUUUUCCCACAUUUCAUUACCAAUGAUGAUCUCGAUGAAGCUUAUAAAGAUCUACUUCGUUUGAUUUAUAGAUAUUAUGCCCAUUUAAAGAGAUAA